ACAUUACUUUUUAGUUUUCACGUUUGGAACAGAAGGUGCUCACAGAUCAUCCCGACCUGGGUGGCGAUUCGUGAACAGAAGUUGGACUCGGGUCUCCCUCUCUCUCUAUCUACGACCCCAUCCUGCUCUCUCUAAAACCUCGAAUCAGAACUCUCCGUUCUCUCCCUCUUCAUCUCUCUCUCACGAACACACACAGGCGCGCGCGCGCGCAGUGAUCCCCGGCUCUCUUUGAAUUGAAGAUCAAAUGGGCUCUGAAGGAUCUAGGGUCGUGGUUCCUAGGAAUUUCAGAUUGCUGGAAGAGCUUGAGAGAGGAGAAAAGGGAAUUGGGGAUGGAACUGUCAGCUAUGGAAUGGACGACGCUGAUGAUAUAUUCAUGCAGUCUUGGACUGGGACUAUAAUUGGUCCUCCUAAUACUGUCCAUGAAGGGCGCAUCUACCAGUUGAAACUUUUCUGUGGCAAGGAUUAUCCGGAUAAUCAACCAACUGUAAGGUUCCAAACCCGGAUAAACAUGACCUGUGUCAAUCAGGAAACAGGAGUGGUUGAACCAAGUCUUUUCCCUAUGCUUGCUAAUUGGCAAAGGGAAUACACCAUGGAGGACAUAUUGACUCAACUGAAGAAAGAAAUGAUGUCUGCCCAGAACCGGAAGUUAGCUCAGCCUCCUGAAGGCAAUGAGGAGGCUAGGAUGGACCAGAAGGGCCUGGUGCUGAGAUGUUGCAUUCUCUGAGUAAAAUUUGAGACAAAAUUGAACACGAAAUGUAUAUACUAUGUUUAUAUAUAUAUAUAUAUAUAUAUUAGAAGAUUUGUGCUGCCGGCUAAGUAUCCUCCAAUGUAAGCUCGUGUCCACAGAGAAGAGAGAUGUCCUGGUUCAAGUGACUCCAUAGACCAUCCAAUCUUCAAUCUAGGGGUUUGAUUAUUGUUUAAUGUUACUCAAAAGUGUGUCAAAUUCUAGCUGCUCAAUAAGCUGAUGAUCUUAGAUUACACAGCAAGCGUAUUUAAAAAUCCUUUAAAAUUUGUUCUC